GACCCGACAACAGCCUGAUUGCAUCCAGAUCAAACCCUUAUAUCCUAUAUAUAUACAUAUAGUGUCUGUUUACGCGGGAUCGCUAUCAUGUCUACUGCCGGGCCUUCCCAAAUCAAUGGUGAUAUCCCUUCAAUUCGCGUUUUCAGCAUGAAUUGCUGGGGAGUAAGCACAUCCACCUCCAUUUUCAGGUCUAGCCCUGACAUGUCUAUCACUCCUCCAGCUCAAAUAUAUCGCCAAGCACCGAAAAGCUCGACUCAAUGAGAUCUCUCUUCGCAUAGCUCGCGCUUCGCCCCCAUUCGAUAUUGUCGCCCUUCAAGAAUUCUGGGUUUAUUCCGAUUACGAAAACCUACGUGCAAAGACCUCGUCUGUUCUACCCCAUGGGAAAUUCUACUUCUCAGGAGCCAUUGGCGGUGGGUUGGUAAUUCUUUCUAAAUGGCCAAUUGAGCAGAGCAGUAUGUUCAGAUACCCGCUCAAUGGACGGCCGACCGCGUUUUGGAGGGGAGAUUGGUAUGUCGGGAAAGGCGUUGCUUGUGCUGCUGUGCGACAUCCCAGCGGGAAGACCAUCGAGGUUCUCAAUACACAUGUCAGUCCACCUUACCGGUAUCCGACAUAUCUUAAAUCUCUUGUAUUUGUUCUGACGUUUCAAAUGGAUUAGCUACACGCACCUUACGAGAAGAACGAUUCUUACUUGUGUCACCGUACUGCCCAAGCAUGGGAGAUUGCAAAGCUGCUCCGCGGAGCCGUCCAGAAAGGGCAUAUCGCGAUUGGGGUGAGAGCAUCUAACCACUUCCCCGCUAAGACGGAAGCAAGCUAAUAAAUCUAGUUGGGUGAUUUCAACAUGAUUCCACCGUCCCUGGCUCACCGAAUCAUAUCAACCCAUGGCCUUGUCUCUGACAGCUGGUUAUCCGCCAAUCCAACAACCCCAUCUAUCGCUCCCCCAAAGACUGAUGCGAAGACAAAUAUCGAGGUGCUCGGUGCAACUUGUGACAGCGUUCUCAAUACGUGGCGCAUGAACACGCCAACUCUACCACCCCCGGAGACUGAGGACCCAAAGGGGAAACGCUUAGACUACAUUUUCCAUGUACCGCGUUACUCCUCCGUUCAAGACAUCAAAGUUGGUAUGACGGAACCCAUGCCAAUGCCGUCACAAAGAGGUGGUAAAGGUGGUGCAGGCGGCUGCUGUACUUUGAGUGAUCAUUUUUCCGUAGAGCUCACGCUUUCUCUGGCACCGAGUCAACAGCAGCAAAGAGCUCUUGCCGAGGCAAGAAGUCCGGAUCCCGUUUCGAAUUCGACGUUGUCAAAUGUGGCGGGAGCUGUCAGGGCCGAAGAAGCCCAAAUUACCAAUCAAGUGGGAGAGAGAGAACACGAGCAAUACCUCCCGCCUACAAUAAUAGACGAAAUCCUGGAGCUUGUCGCAAAAUACGCAAAAAGGGAGAGGUUCGAAUACGCUUGGAGACUAUCGCAUUUUUGGGGAUCUCUGGUGGCGCUUGCAGGACUCCACGUAGGAGUCUGGUGGAGUCCACACAACGGGGUAUCCUUUGCCUUAAUGUUUGUCGCAUGGGUGAUCGCAGUCACCGGCGGCCUGGACGGAUUGAUUGGAUUCCUGUUUAUGGGCAGCGGUCAGUUCCCCUCCAGCCGGCCCAUAAUGAACUGUACCUGACCCAUUCAUUCAUUCAGAGCUGAGAGCAUUGAAGGAAUUCGAGGAGGAGCUAAGAAUGUACCGGCAUCUUGCUGUUGAGGCCCACGGGGCUGGUAGCUCUGGGUCAGAGGUGCCAGGGUCAAAAACAGCAUUAGUUACUAACGGGGCCACCGAGGGUACGUUUCAUUCUUCGAACAGUGCCGAUGAGGUGAGGAUUGACAUUUAUGAAUCUGUAUAGAGGAUGUUUGACUGGUUCAUGUUUGAGUUACUUGAUGGCUUACAGUUUCUUGAUGCUCACUGGCACAUAACGUCCUCUCGGUUUCCGGCAUUAUGUUUAUUUAUCGCGUACUCCGAGGAAACCAAUGCUAUAUAUGAUACAAUCGUACAGGGUGCAGGUGCGGGGGUGAUCUGGUCUUGAAUGCCUAUGCAAAUUGGUAGUCGAUGUAGAUCUCUCAGCAAAAGGGUAUUGGCCUCCGAUUCUGCGUGGACGCGUUAAGUAAGCUCUCGAUGGUGUGCAGUAUGUAGUCCCCGAAACCCAAUGUGAUACCACUGCUACAGUACCAGGUAUACUCGAGCACUUCUGGUACAGUAC